AUUCACAAAAGGAAACUCGUUCCUGUUUUCACUAUAACGGAACCGGGACUGCGACAGGGAGCGACACAAAACCCUAGAUUUUGAAUUCAAUCGGCGGAGAAAAGAAUCGCACCGGUGAUUUUGAUAUGAAGCUUGUUUGGUCCCCUGAGACGGCUUCCAAGGCCUACAUCGACACCGUUCAAUCUUUUUAUGUGAAGUGUGAUCUCCAACAAGAAUCUGGCGUUGCGGAACUGAUUUCUGCGAUGGCGGCGGGAUGGAGCGCGCAGUUCAUUGUGGAGACGUGGUCGAGCGGUGGAGCGAUUGCGACGAGUAUAGGUCUGGCGGUGGCUCGACGGCACGUUGGAGGGAGACAUGUGUGUGUGGUUCCUGAUGAGAGAUCGAGGGGAGAAUAUUGUAGAGCGAUGGAGAGAGCGGGAUCGGUGCCUGAAGUGAUUGUUGGAGAGCCGGAGGAGGUGAUGGAUGGACUGGUAGGUAUAGAUUUUAUGGUGGUGGAUAGCCAGAGGAGGAAUUUCAGUCGAGUUCUGAAACUGGCGAAUCUGAGUUCUAGAGGCGCAGUUUUGAUUUGUAAGAACGCCAACUCGAGAAGCGAUUCGAGUUUCAGAUGGAAGAAUGUUACGGAUAACGGCACGCGGCGGUUGGUUCGAUCGACGUUUCUGCCGGUGGGAAAGGGUUUGGAUAUAGCGCAUGUGGCGGCGGGCGGAGCGAAUUCAGGUUCCGGCGAAGGGAAGGGAAAGUGGAUUAAGCAUGUUGAUCGACGAUCAGGGGAGGAAUUCGUCAUUCGGAAGUGACUUCUCUUCCACGCCAAACGGUGUCGUUUCCACCCUUGUGAAUACAGUUUUGUCAUUUGUGUAUAAUAGAAGUUUUCUAUUUUUCUUUGUCAUUUUUUUUUUUUUUCAAAUUGUAUUUAUCAGAUUCACUUUAAAAUUUAUUGCAUCAUUA